UUGAACACCGACUGUGUCUUGCGAUCAGGACACAACACGUGUACCACGAUGUCCCGGGAACAGCCGGUGGCAUAGGUCUGGGUACUGGUGCAGCCGGUAAACCCCCCCUCUGCAAUUCCCGCUAGGUAUAUAUAAGCAGCCUCAACGAACACUCCCUCUCUUUCUCUUUCUCUUUCUUUCUCUCUCUCUCUCGGUGAUUUCGCAGUUUCGUAAGAAAGCAUAGAAAAGCAAAAAAACGUUUCGCUUUUCUUAGCUUGCGUUUCAAAGAUCCCAAUUUCAAAUUGUUGAAAGCUCAAACAGAAUGAAACUUUGCGAGCAGUGGGAACGCACUAGAGCUUUUUGAUUUGUAAAAAUCGUACCUUGAGUGGUGAAAUCUGAGAUACAAGGGUUCAAAUAGUGUUUUAUCUUUGGUUGGUGAAGUGGGAAUGUAGUACUAUUUUUAGCCUUCCAUGCUGUCUUUGUGGAGCUAUUUAGGGCAUUUUUUUUACACGGUUUUUUUUUUGGAUCAUAUUAAGUGGGUUGAGUGUAUUUGUUUUAGUACAUAUAAACCCUAGUUAGAUCUGGCUCUGGAGAGCUACUUAGACUCCAGCCACCAAGGGGCGGUGCCCCCCAUGGCACCUUCUCGGGUGGCUGGAGGGUUAACCCAAUCUUCCUCAAGUUCUGGAAUAUUCUUCCAGGGAGAUGGGCAGUCCCAGGUUGUAGUUAACUCACACUUGAGCUCGUCUUUUGGGAACUCUUCUAAUUCAAUUCCUGGUACUGGGCGUUCAAAUCUGGGUCCGGUUUCGGGGGAUAUGAACAAUGCUGCUUUGAACAGUGUGGCAAACUCUGGACCAAGUGUUGGGGCGAGUUCUAUGGUCACAGAUGGAAACUCCGCACUUUCAGGAGGUCCCCAUUUGCAAAGAAGUGCAAGCAUCAAUACGGAGUCUUACUUGCGUUUACCCGCAUCGCCUAUGUCGUUCUCAUCCAAUAAUAUUAGUAUUACAGGCUCAUCAGUUAUGGACGGGUCUUCCAUAGUGCAGCAAAAUUCUCAUCAAGACCAGAAUUCGCAACAUGUGCAGCAGAAUCAGCACCAGCCACUGGGGGCUUCAAGCGCUACAUCAUUGCCUACAUCACAAACUGGCCAAGCGUCACUUUCCAUGAGUGCACGAGUUGGAGCUUUCAUUCAGGAUCCAAAUAAUUUAUCCCAGGUGCAGAAGAAACCUCGGUUAGAUAUCAAGCAAGAAGAUAUCUUGCAGCAGCAUGUGUUUCAACAGCUGUUGCAGAGACAAGACCCUAUGCAAUUCCAAGGCCGUAACCCACAGUUACAAGCCUUGCUUCAGCAGCAGAGGCUAAGGCAACAACAACAACAACAGAUUCUGCAGUCUAUGCCACAUUUGCAGAGAGCCCAGUUGCAGCAGCAACAACAACAGCAGCAGCAGCAGCAGCAGCAGCAACAGCAGCAGCAGCAGCAGCAGCAGCAGCAGAUGCAGCAGCAGCAGCAGCAGCAGAUGCAGCAGCAGCAGCAGCAGAUGCAGUUGAGACAGCAACUGCAGCAACAGGCAAUGCCGCCAGUAUCAGCCAUGAAGCGUCCAUAUGAUAGUGGUGUAUGUGCUCGUCGGCUGAUGCAAUACCUAUUUCAUCAAUGGCAACGGCCGCAUGACAAUAGUAUUGGGUACUGGAGAAAGUUUGUGGCAGAGUUUUACUCUCCUCGUGCAAAGAAAAGAUGGUGCUUGUCAUUAUAUGAUAAUGUUGGGCAUCAUGCACUUGGUGUUUUCCCCCAGGCAUCUAUGGAUGCAUGGCAGUGUGAUAUUUGUGGUUCCAAAUCUGGAAGGGGAUUUGAGGCAACUUUUGAAGUACUUCCUAGACUUAAUGAGAUCAAAUUUGGCAGUGGAGUCAUUGAUGAGCUUCUGUUUUUGGACUUGCCACGGGAAUAUAGAUUUCCUUCUGGAAUAAUGAUGUUAGAAUAUGGAAAAGCGGUCCAAGAGAGUGUUUAUGAGCAACUUCGUGUUGUUCGCGAGGGUCAACUUCGUAUCAUAUUCACCCAUGAUUUGAAGAUAUUAUCUUGGGAAUUUUGUGCACGGCGGCAUGAAGAGCUUCUUCCUCGUAGGUUGGUUGCACCUCAGGUGAACCAGUUGGUUCAGGUUGCACAGAAAUGCCAGAGCACAAUUGCUGAAAGUGGAUCUGAUGGGGUUUCUCAGCAGGAUCUGCAAACAAACAGCAAUAUGGUGCUGACAGCUGGGCGCCAACUUGCAAAGAGUUUGGAGUUACAGUCAUUGAAUGACUUGGGUUUUUCCAAAAGAUAUGUUAGGUGUUUGCAGAUCUCUGAAGUUGUCAAUAGCAUGAAAGAUCUGAUAGAUUUCUGCCGGGAUAACAGAGGCGGGCCGAUCGAGGGCUUGAAAAAUUAUCCUCGACAUGCCUCUGUAGCCAAGCUCCAGAUGCAAAAGAUGCAAGAGAUGGAGCAACUAGCAAAUGUUCAGGGUCUUCCAACUGACCGGAACACCCUCAAUAAACUAAUGGCAUUGCAUCCCGGACUAAAUAACCAAAUAAGCAACAAUCAUAAUAUGGUUGGUCGAGGAGCUUUAAGUGGUUCGGCACAAGCUGCUCUGGCAUUGACCAGUUACCAGAAUAGGCAGAGCCCUAUGAAUUCAAAUUCUCACUCAUUUCAACAGGAGGCUUCGUCUUCCUUCAAUAAUUCUAGUCAGAGUCCAUCUUCGAACCUCCAAGGGACAGCUGCUUUAAUAUCAGGAUCCAUGCAGAAUUUACCUGCAAGUGCCUUUUCUAGUCCCCAUGUACCUCCCCAGCAGCCACAGCAACUGCAGCAGCGCUCACUAAGCAGUAAUAACCUACUCCAACAAAACCAUCCACAGACCCCCCAUGGCAACCAGGUCUUACAACAUCAGAUGAUCCAGCAACUGCUGCAUAUGUCUAGCAGUUCAGGAGUACAACAGCAAUCCCAUGCAAAUGGUGGGAGUGUGGCAAGGAAUGGAUUGGGAUUUGGAGGUGACACUACGGCAGCAGCUGCAGCCAUGGCCAAUGCAUCAGGAAGUAAUGGGCCUGCUCCAAGCCGGAGUAACAGUUUUAAAGCUGCUUCAAACAGUGAUUCUGCUGCUGGUGGCAAUAAUGGAUUCAACCAGAGAUCUCCAGAUAUGCCACAGAAUCUUCAUUUGCAGGAUGAUAUAGUAGUUCCGGAUAUAAGCCAUGACUUCACGGAAAACGGGUUUUUAAAUGGCGACUUCGAUGAUAAUAUCAGUUAUGGCUGGAAGGCGUGACUAACAUAAAUUGGUUUCAAUCAAUUAUAUUAGAGAAUCUGUUGGGUAAGUGUCCAUCAUACAUCUCUGUACAGGAUAUUCGAAAUAGCUGGGUUUCUUUCUCCUUUUUCCUUUUUGCCUUUUUCCCUAUUCACGAAAUUUGUUGCGACUUGUCGCACUUGUACUCAGUAGGUAUUUAGACUUCUGUUUCGAUGGCUUUCUUGUGUCUCCCAAGUCUUGCGCAAGUGUAAUCUAUUGGACAGUAACUUUUUAAGAGCGGUUUCCUAUUUUAAUUAUGAUAUUUACAUGUUUCA